UGCGUGAGUGAGUGGCCGGAGCCCGCGUGUGGGGUAGCUCACGCCCCGGACAACACUGACACUCUCCCUUCCUGACGGUGUGUCCAGCGGAGUGUGUGAGUGUGUGUGCCGCCGCGUGAUCUUCCUGACCCUUCCACCGCCCCCUGAUCCCUGCCGCCACCCCGCUGUGGUGCGCCGCCCCCUUCUCCACACACUGGUCGAGCACCAGCACCACCUCCACUGGUGCUCGGGGGCCGCAGCAGCACUCUGGAGGUGGUGAGGCUGGCGGCUGGCAGCAGCAGCGAUGAUGGCGUGACAAGACCAACAUCGAUCCACCCCCGCAUACUGAGACAGACGAGAGUUACACACAGCGUGUACACCAGCAGGAGUUGUAGUAGUGAGGGGAGGCGCGUGCGGCGGUGGUGCGCCUCGCUGCAUACACCACCUGUCACAGGCGCCGCCGCUCUCAACAUGCCGCCCUCCGACCCUGCAGCAGGAGGCCGGUGGGCAGGUGAAGAGCAGGUGACUACACCUGCCAGUGCCGGCGUCCUCCUGGCUGCUGCUAGUGUCUGCCUGCUGCUGCCUGCCGGCGUCUGCCCGCCAACCCGUCAACGCCACCCAACACACCACACGCGCCGGAGGAGUGCUUGAGUACUGGCCACAUCACUGCGUGUGGCGUGAUCAAUGGUGACUCCUGGGGCCCCCACCGACCAGUGGAGUUAUGUGUCAGCGGCCGCUUGAGCGCUCGCCCCGCCAUACUUGAUAAGGCUGUAGGAAAGUGAGCAAGGCUAAACUGGGGAAAUUACAAAGCACAUAAAUAUUUCACAACACCACAACUACCUCAACUCGUUAUUUUGGCAAGGAUUUGUACCAGUUCCGUUCUCAGUGCCAUGUUGUAAAAUGAUCUCAAGUGGAUUUUAGUAAGACGCAGCAGUGUGUGUGGUGCAGUGUACCCAAGUGUCGCGAGAGAGAAUACUGAGCCCAUCAUCAGUGUAGUGAGUGUUGGAAGGGACCCAUUAUUUACUACGGAGUGGGUGUGGGCCCCUCCCAGCAUGCUUGGACCCACACCGCCCCACGCAGCCCCCCACCCACCACCCCGACACUCGGGAGCCCAUUUAUGAUUUUCGUGAGGUGAGGGCAUGCAGGCCGAUGGUCCUGGUGGACAGCGGGGCGGUGAGGGAUCAGUUGGUGGUCGCGGCCCGCUCAAAUAUGCUCUGCUGCGGCGGACGGAAGGAGGGAUCGAAUGGUGUUGGGGCGGAGCUCGCAGCCUCGCCACGACGACAGGUGGCAGGACCCUCCAGGGCCCGGGACCCCCCGAGUAUGGUCGUCCAGGGAGACUUCCGCAAGGUGAGCGGCAUCAGUACGGAGAUCUUCAGACAGAUUGAGACGGUUGAGAAUGACCACGACGCGUCCACGGCGGCCGCCCUGGACGUGGUGGAGCGACGCGGCGAAAUGGUGGUACGACUCCUGGACCCCCGCUCCCUCAGCCGCCAGGCCUACGACCAGGCCAAGCGCUUCCUCACCGCCCAGAGCACCAAGUUCAGCGUGCAGAUGGUGGAGAUCGUGAAGCGGCCGGGGCAGACGCUGGGCCUGUACAUCCGCGAGGGCAACGGCGCCGACCGGGUGGAGGGCGUCUUCAUCUCCCGCAUCGCCCUCGAGUCGCCGGUCUACAACUCCGGCUGCCUGCGGGUGGGCGACGAGAUCCUGGCGGUGAACCUGGUCGACGUGACGCGCAUGGGUCUGGACGACGUGGUUAUCAUCAUGAGCAUCCCGCGACGACUCCUGCUGACGACCAGGUCGCGUCGCGGGGGUCGUGGGGCGCCGCCUUCCCCCCAGCCCAGACACGAGCCCAAGCCUCCUCCCGUCGUGGUCAUCAAGAAGGAGUAUGAAGAAGAGCCGCUGGAAGAUUCCAACAGCAACGGGGACACGCUGCGCUUCGGUGCCAUGGGCCGGCCGCCGCCGCCGCCCUCCCGGCCGCCUCCAGGAGUGCCUCAAACUCAGGAAUCCAGAUUCAGCACACUGCCCAGGUACCGCCCGCCGGAGACCAUGUCAGCACUCCGCCACGAGGAGCCGCUGAUCUACUACAGCACCCGGGGAAUGCCGGGUAAGGGGCCUUUUGGCGUGCCGCAGCCUGCGCCCCCUGGUGGCCCUCCUGGGAUUAUUGGGGGCCCCAUUGGCCCGCACGCCACCCAUCCAGGGUACCAGCCUAGGAGUUCCCGCCAGACGGGGCUGCCCGGAGCCGCGAUCCAGCCUUACGGUCCCCCGCCCCGAGCGCCUCUGGGCUCGGACAUCGAGCGUUACUACCAGCCGCCUCCGCCCGUCAUCACCGAGCAGCCGCGACCGCAGCAGCAGCAGCACUUCACGCCCUACGAGCGCUCGUAUCCCAAGACGCUGGAGUCGCUGGCGGAACGCGUGCACUCCUUCUACGGGCCGCCGCCGGGGGAGCUGGUGGACCCGGCCCUCAUGGUGGGCCAAGCCCAGGGGCGCCAGAUGCGGCCGCAGGAGCCACCGAUGUACGGGACCCUGGGCCGCAGCAGCGUGGGGCGGCCCAGGCUGGCCCGCACCCUCAGCGACCAGCGCCUGCCAGCAACGGAGCGCGAAAGCCUUAGCGACUACGAGGGCACGGGGCCCUCAGCCCGCCGCCACAAGGCCGCCACGCUCCAGUACCCGUCGGGGGCCCAGGUGACGGACCGGGCCACACUGGAGCGCUACCAGGAAACCAUGCGCCGCUUGAGCGCCCUGCGGCAGAGGACGCGCUCCGUGGACUACGCCAGCGACACGGAGGUGACCUUGCCCAGGUCGUCGCUGCUGGCACGGGCGAGGGGCGCCCACCACACCGGGGCGGGCGGGGGCACGGCCGCUGCCCGCUCCAACUCCCUGCCCCGGCACUCCUCCCGCCACCGCGGAGCCUCCCAUGUGAGGUUCGAGGCUCGCGGGGGCCCAGCGGUGAGCGAGGACGAGAGCGACGGUGCCGUUAGUGCCCCAGAGAUGCCCACGGGCACCGAGAGAGCGAGGCGAGCGCGGCUUCCCUCCUCGCCCUCCAUCUUCACCUCUGACGAGUACCGGGCCUGGAUGAGCCGGGCGCCCUCCACCAGCGCCAUCUACGAGCGGAUACGACAGUCACACGAGACCCUCCGCUCCCAGCGCGGCGGACUGCGGUUCACGUACAGCGCCGAGAACCUCACUGAGAAGACCAGAGAGGAGGCGCCGUACUACAUGCAGCGGCUGCACCUGGGCGUGGGCGGCGUGGGCAGCGCGUCCCGGCAGCUGGGUAGGCUGGAGACGCCGUCCCGACGGGUGAGGGCGGCGCUGGAGGAGGCGCGGGGGGUGCCGCAUCCGUCACCCACCCGCGGCAGACCCGCCCUCAGACUCAUCGACAUCAAUCCUGCAGAGUUCCUGAAGUACAAAGUAGGCGUGGGGAACAUGGGCGGCGUGAGCGAGGGCGUGUCGGGGAUGCUAUGGGUGCACCUGUUGGCCGGCCGAGGCCUCAAGGCCGCCGGCCGCUCCGAGUUCCGGGACCUGUACUGCGUGCUGGAGUGCGACCGCGUGCACAAGGCCCGCACCGUCGUCAGAACCGGAGACCUCAACUUCGACUGGGACGAGACCUUCGAUCUCGACCUUAUAAAUAACAAAGAAUUAGACUUUUUAAUAUAUUCGUGGGAUCCACAAUUUAGGCAUAAACUAUGUUAUAAAGGUUCGGUACAUCUAGUGAGUUUACUUAAGGAAUCUCCGCUGCAUCAGCUAGCACUAAAGAUAGAGCCUCGGGGCACGUUAUACCUCAAGCUACGCUACACUCCGCCUCGACAGGCCUUCCUACGGACACCCGGGGUGCGCAAGAACUCCCUUUUUGGGCUGGACCUGGACUCUGUGUCGAACCGUGAGAGUGGCGGCGGGACGGUGCCUCUAAUUAUCGCGCGCUGUGUGGCUGAAGUGGAGCGCCGUGGCCUAGACAUCAUAGGCCUCUACCGCCUCUGUGGCUCGGCCACCAAAAAACGCCUCCUCAGGGAUGCUUUUGAGAGGAAUCCCAGGCUAGUCGACCUCUCCUCUGACAACGUUCCUGACAUUAAUGUCAUCACAGGCAUCUUGAAGGACUACCUCCGGGAACUGCCGGAGCCGCUCUUCACAAAGUGUCUGUACCAGAUGCUGGUGGACGCGCUCACCGUCAUGCUGCCUGACGACCCUCAGGGCAACGCUAAGCUUAUGUUCUCCAUUCUCGACUGUCUCCCCAAGGUCAACAGGAUGACGUUGUUCCUGCUGAUGGACCACCUGCGGCUGGUGGCCAGUCAGUCGGAGCGCAACAAGAUGACCACCCAGAACUUGGCCAUCUGCUUCGGGCCGGUGCUGAUGCUUCAGAGCGAGGGGGAGGACCCCAUGGACUUCCAUCAGCCUAUUAGUAUUCUCAAGUUCCUCCUCGACCUCUGGCCGUCUAAGUCAGCUCGGGAAGCGGAAGCAGCGAAUGCUCGGAGUGCGCGGCCUUCACAUCUGGACUCGGGGAGGCGGAAGGUCGGGGGCCCCGGCAGCCGCAUGACCACGCCCAGGACCACGCCCAGGACCACGCCCACCACCCAGUCCCCGGGCUCAGAGAGCGACUCCUCCCCGAAUCCUCCUGUUAACCUCCGCUCCAAGCUAGUCUUGGGCGCCAUGGCUACCACCACCGCCAGUGGGGAAGCUGGAGGCGGAGCAGCUAGCGGACCCUCCGCUCCGGGCUCCACCUCCACCACCUCCACCCCCACUUCUUCCAUCACAUCCCCGCCAUCCACCACCGCCGCCCCCACCAACUCCCUGCCAGCCGGGGUGUCGGAGGCGGCGUCAACCCUCACUGCCACCCGCGGCCUCGACCCAGAGACAGAGACCGAGGAGGACAAGGACGAGGCCGGCACGGCAUCCAGCUGAGGUCCUCAGUCUCCUAGCUAAGGCCUGGACGACAACCUCCUGGUCAGGAAACUAAAGUCCUGAUGUCACUUCCUGAGAUUGACGCCAGCCGAGGCACUGAUGUCGUAGGUUUAUAUGUUGAUAUUGCUGUUAACCUGAUGUCGUUCCUCAAGGGGCCGUGAACACCGUCCAGGGCCCUGCUGAUGCUGGCUGCGGGCAAGUUGACAUAGAUAAGGCCCUGAUAUCUUUGCAUAAGGCCUAAUAGCACAAGUUGCAACCCGGAGGACAUCAGCUGAAGCCCUCAACUCACCCUUGUUGUGGGCAUGACAUCACCAGCCCCUAUACCUCUAGUGGCCGGAUGCUGUUAUGAACGCGUCAGGAAGUCCCCUGGGAAGCGAGGUUUCCCCUCACUUGAACCCCUGGAGGUGAUGCAGGAGACCACGUGACUUGCCCCUGUGCACCUGGAGGUGAGGCAAGAGACCACGUGACGUGCCCUUGCACCCCUGGAGGUGAGGCAGGAGACCAUGUGACGUGCCCCCUGUACCCCUCAGACUGUGGCUCAGUGCCGCCCUCGGCCCCAGCCUCAGGGUCGAGACCAUUGCGGGACUUAUGCAACUCGUGUUACAAAUCACUGCCACGAACCUUUAGUUAUUAUAUUAUCUCUCUGUGGAGAUGUCGAAUUUUAUCAGUAGGUAACUGCCAAGAGCUUGUAGCAAGUGGGAGUGUGGCAGCUUGUCGACCGUCUGGGCACCGCUGCCCUCUAGUCAGUGGGAGUGUGGCAUCGUGUCGACUGUCUGGGCACAGCUGCCCUUUAGUCAGUGGGAGUGUGGCAUCGUGUCGACUGUCUGGGCACAGCUGCCCUUUAGUCAGUGGGAGUGUGGCAUCGUGUCGAUCGUCUGGGCACCGCUGCCCUCUAGUCAGUGGGAGUGUGGCAUCGUGUCGACCGUCUGGGCACCGCUGCCCUCUAGUCAGUGGGAGUGUGGCAUCGUGUCGAUCGUCUGGGCACCGCUGCCCCUAGUCAGUGGGAGUGUGGCAUCGUGUCGACCGUCUGGGCACCGCUGCCCUCUAGUCAGUAGGAGUGUGGCAUCGUGUCGACCGUCUGGGCACCGCUGCCCUCUAGUCAGUGGGAGUGUGGCAUCGUGUCGACCGUCUGGGCACCGCUGCCCAUGCUACCCUCUAGUGGUGAUGAGAGUAUCGGCAUGGCGGUGCUAACUACUUGCCAGAUGGCUUCCAUUUCCCUCACGCCCAACAUUAGUAUUUCAUGCAGACUGUGAAGUCGAUUGCCAGGCGUCGGUUACGCUACCAAAACGCUGUAGUCGUGCUGAGAGCUUGUCUCCACUGCUGUGAUUCUUCCCGGUGACACUUAUGGUUAGCCAUGGUGAUCAUGGUUGUUGCUGGUUACUGGUGGUUGAUACUGACACUGGUAGUCGCUACUGGUAUUGGUGUUUGACACUGGUAAUUGUGCUCAUGUCUGGUACUUGAGCUAAUGACUAGCGAAGGUUAUAUCUGGUGCUGGAGGACGACCUUGCUUCUGGUGUCUGGUACUGUAAGUCGUCCCUGGUCUUGAUAUCUGGUACUGUGGGCAUUCUGAUCUUAGUAUCCGGAACUUUGGGGGUCCUCCCUGCUCCUAGUAUCUGGUAGUUUGGGUCGUCCCCUGGUUCUGGUAUCUUGUAUCAGAGAUUCUCCAUAUAGUGUUGAUAUCUAGCACUGGCGGUCGUCCCUGAUACUUGUGUAAGGUACUGGGCGUCAUCCCUGGUAUCUGGUACUUGUGGUUAUUACUGUUAUUGGUGUCUUGCAUUUAAAGCCCAUCCUGGUUCAGGUGCCAAGUACUGGGAGGGGGGGGACACAAGUAGUUAAAGUGCUUAGUACUUGUGCAUGGCAAGUCAGUCUUAGAGCUGGCUCCUACCUCACAAGAUCGUCCCUGGCACCAUUACAGGUACCUGGUACCGGAGGCCACCUCUUGCACUCGGAGGUCGUCCCUGGAGGCAGAUACUACUAGUAGUAGUAGUAGAAGCAGAGUCUGGCACUGGUAUGGCCGAAUCAGUGGCACUGUUUCGCCAGAGCUACUGCCUGCCGGUGCGCGGGGGUGAAACCCCGACUGACUCGGUCGUCUCCUCAGACUGCAUGCUGUGUGAGCGUUGGUGCUUUGUCUCUUCAACUGCCUUUCAGACGUGUGAGUGUGUGAGUGUGUGUGUGUGUGUGAGUGUGUGUGUGUGUGUGUGUGUGUGUGUGUGUGUGUGUGUGUGUGUGUGUGUGUGUGUGUGUGUGUGUGUGUGUGUGUGUGUGUGUGUGUGUGUUUUUCUGUCUCGCGAGGAAAUAGUUGGAUAAUUCUGGGGGGGCAGGACGGUGCCAUAGUCUCGAGAGAAUGCUUGACGUUAACAGGGUCUUUAAAAUUUUCUUGCUGUGCUGUCAUUGUAACGAUAAAGUAGUCUUUCAAGAAGCAUUUCACCAUUUUGUAUUCCAGAAAUUUAAUACAGACAUACAAGCUAUUCUGAAACAUAUGCCUUCAAUUUUUAAUCGUGUGUAUGAGAUAAGAUACAUAUGUGAUUUUAUAUAUUAUAUAAGUAUGUAUAUGUAUA